UGUAACUUUUAUGAUAAAUAUCUGUUUAUAAGGUUCUUCUUUUUUUCCACAUUACAUUACUUUCACUGCAUGGCUUACUGCGUGAAAGAUAAUAAUCGUGGCUACGAAAGGUCAAGAUUUGAGAGCAGUGUGGACGAAAAUUUUCUUUGUUCCAUUUGUCUAAAUGUUGUAAAAGAUGGACGAAUUUGUCGGAACAAUGAUCAUAUAUUUUGCUGUUACUGUAUCGAAGAGCAUUUACGAAUAAAUUCACCUAACUGUCCUGAAUGUCAAGAAGAAUUAACCCAAGCUACACUACGGCAGGCGAGAAUUAUAAAUAAUUUUUUGUCGAAGUUGAAGAUCAAUUGCGACUACGUUAGUCGAGGUUGUGUUGAAUUUAUAAACGUUGAAAAUCUUCAAAAGCAUGUGGAGAAUUGUGGCUUUGCUCCUGUUUUUUGCUCCAAUGAAGGUUGUGGUCAAGAGAUAAAUAAACAAGACAAGAUUAUUCAUGAAACUGAGAUAUGCAAAUACAGAAAAAAUUGUUUUAAUGAGCGUAAAGAUGUCGCUAUACUACAACAAAGUAUAAAAGAUCUUGACAGUAAAGUUGAAAAAUGUCUUCGAAAAAUGCAAACACAAAUGAACGAAGCAUUAACAGAGAUACAUCGAAAAAUUGAUGAAAAAUUGACCAGUCAAUUUGUAAAAAUCCAGAAAGAAAUGAUGGUAUCAAUGAAGGAAAUAAAAGAUUUUCAACAAAAUCUUGCUACAAUGGUUGAAAACUCUGAAAAAAUAAAUGAUGACAAAGCACAGAUGUUGGAGGAGAUGAAUUCAACACAUCAAUCUGCUGUAGCAGUAACAUCACCAACUAAAGAAAUAGUUAGCACACCUACUACUCACGAUAUUUUAGUUGCUGGUGGUAACCACAGGUGUAAUCAAUAUUUUGGCUCAAUCGAAAAGGUGGAAAUAUUUUCAUGGGAAGAAGAGGAUUGGUUUAACGUAUCACCAAUGAAAAUAGUUCGUGCAAAUGCUUCAUCAUGUAUUCAGAAAGAUCAGUUGUUCAUUAUUGGAGGAGAUGAUCCUUUACAAAAAAGAUUUGGGCGCUCUGAUUCCAAAUUAGAUCGGGCUCCUCACUUUGUAAGUAUAUUGAAUUUAAACGAGUUGCCUCUGACUUGGGCAGGAUUGUCUUUGUUUCCUUAUCGAUGCACAGGGCAUAAAAAUAUUGUCUGUCGGCAGCAAGUUCUACAUAUUGGAGGUGUUCAAUUUCCUAAUACUGAUAAUCACAAUGAGAAAGAAAUAUCAGAUAAGAUUUGUAAAUUACAGCUUAACCCCAGCACAUCUCGCGUUGUAAGAGAGUUAUGUUUCAUGCCCGAGCCUCGAGAAUCUCAUGGUUGUGAGGUUUUCGAGGAUAUAGUUUUGAUAAUUGGUGGGAAAACAGAUGGCGAUAAAUUAUUGGACAGUGUGUUGGCAUUUGAUUCACAGACAAACAGAUGCAAGGAAAUGCCUCCAUUACCCCAUCCGCUUACACAAAUGGCUACAGUUAAAUGGAGAGAUCAAGUUGUUAUUCUUGGUGGUGUAUCCACCUACCCUAACAAAAAGUUGAACACUAUGAGAAGUGUUAUUAUGUAUGACUCUAAAACAGGCAAGAUCACCAAAUUACCAUCUAUGUUAAACAAGAGAUCUUCUUGCUGUGCAGUCAUCACAGGAGAUAUAAUUGUUGUUAUGGGAGGACGGUCUGAUAAUGGCAUCCUCCAUUCGGCAGAGCAUUUUAAAAUGGGAAGUAGUUCUUCAUGGGAUUAUUUUCCUUCCAUGAAUUUUUGUAGAUCAGAAUUUGUAGCUGAAGUUUUGCCAUUCAAGGGAAUGCAUAUUGAACAGUAAUGUAACUUGGACAAUAUCAUAAACGAACUUUACAAUUCAUGCCAAUGUGCAGGCAGAAAUAUAAACAUUAAUUAUGUUAAUUUAAAAAUGACGAAUUUA